CGGGAGGGCGGAGGCAGGGCUGGCAGCGGCGCGGCGGGCGGCGCACACACGCACACACACCUCCCUGCAUGUGAUUAAAUGGCUCGAAAUCUGCUUCUGAUUUCCUCGGGGAGGUGACUUUUCCCUUCUUUUCAACCCGGGAUUUAUUGGAGCCUUUUUACUCCGCUUCCAGGCAGCGGCCGGGGCUCAGUUUCUCCACUUCUAGAUUAUUUUUUUUUUUUAUAUUUUUUUUCCCUUUCCUCUCGGUUUCUCCCUUCCCUCCUUCCCUGCCGCCUCCCGCAGCCGGAGCAGACACGGGCAGUGCGGCGGAGCGGGCGGGCGCUGGGGACCCGCCCGCACCGCCGGAGCAGCACUCCCGCUUGGCACUAUUUCCCUUUAUUUUGCUUUCUCUCUUUUUAUUUCCUGGCGAAUUGUUAUUAUUGCUUUUUCUUUAUUUUUUUUUCCUACCCCCCUCCUUUUUUUUUUUCUUUUUUUUUUUUUUUUUUUCUUUUUUUUCCUGUUGCCAUCGGCCAAGGGAAGGGGGAGCGGCCCCCGCUCCCUGCCGCCCGCGCUGCUGCGGCGGCCCCGGCUCCUCUCGCCGCCGCGGCCCCGGACCUGCCGCCGGACCGAGCCCGCUACCUGCCCGGCCGCGGGAGGAGCCGCUCCCCUGGCCCCAGGAGGAUGGAGGUCCUGCAGCUCCUGCGCCUGCUCCUCACCACCAGCAUGCUGCGCCUCUCCCAGGCGGUGAAUCCAUUCGUGGCCCAGCAGACCCCCCCGGACCCCUGCUACGAUGAGAGCGGAGCUCCUCGCCGCUGCAUCCCCGAGUUCGUCAACGCAGCCUUCGGGAAGGAGGUGCACGCCUCUAGCACCUGCGGGAAGCCUCCGACGCGGCACUGCAAUGCCUCCGACCCCCGCAAAGCCCACCCGCCCGCCUACCUGACCGACCUCAACACCGCCUCCAACAUGACGUGCUGGCGCUCGGAGACCCUGCACCACUCACCCCACAACGUCACCCUCACCCUCUCCCUCGGCAAGAAGUUCGAGGUGGUCUACGUCAGCCUCCAGUUCUGCUCGCCCCGUCCCGAGUCCACCGCCAUCUUCAAGUCCAUGGACUACGGCAAGACGUGGGUGCCCUACCAGUACUACUCCUCCCAGUGCCGCAAGAUCUACGGCAAGCCCAGCAAAGCCACCGUCACCAAGCAGAACGAGCAGGAGGCCCUCUGCACCGACGGCCUCACCGACCUCUACCCGCUCACCGGGGGCCUCAUCGCCUUCAGCACCCUCGACGGGCGGCCCUCCGCCCAGGACUUCGACAGCAGCCCCGUGCUGCAGGACUGGGUGACGGCCACCGACAUCAGGGUGGUUUUCAGCCGCCCCCACCAGUUCCGGGAGCUGGGGGGCCGCGAGGCUGGCGAGGAGGAGGGGGGCACUGGCGCGGCCCCCUACUACUACGCGGUGGGCGAGCUGCAGGUCGGCGGGCGCUGCAAGUGCAACGGGCACGCCUCGCGCUGCGUCAAGGACAAGGAGCAGAAGCUGGUGUGCGACUGCAAGCACAACACGGAGGGGCCUGAGUGCGACCGCUGCAAGCCCUUCCACUACGACCGGCCCUGGCAGCGGGCCAGCGCCCGCGAGGCCAACGAGUGUCUGGCCUGCAACUGCAACCUGCACGCGCGGCGCUGCCGCUUCAACAUGGAGCUGUACAAGCUGUCGGGCAGGAAGAGCGGAGGGGUCUGCCUCAACUGCCGGCACAACACUGCGGGGCGCCACUGCCACUACUGCAAGGAGGGCUUCUACCGCGACCUCAGCAAGUCCAUCACAGACCGCAAGGCCUGCAAAGCCUGUGACUGCCACCCGGUCGGUGCCGCUGGCAAGACCUGCAACCAGACGACGGGGCAGUGCCCGUGCAAGGAUGGUGUGACCGGCCUCACCUGCAACCGCUGCGCCAAGGGCUUCCAGCAGAGCCGCUCGCCCGUGGCCCCCUGCAUCAAGAUCCCUGCCAUCAACCCAACCUCCCUGGUAACCAGCACAGAGGCACCUGCGGACUGCGACUCCUACUGCAAACCAGCCAAAGGGAACUACAAGAUUAACAUGAAGAAGUACUGCAAGAAGGAUUACGUGGUCCAAGUGAACAUCUUGGAGAUGGAGACAGUGGCCAACUGGGCCAAGUUCACCAUCAACAUCCUCUCUGUCUACAAGUGCCGCGACGAGCGGGUCAAGCGCGGCGACAACUUCCUGUGGAUCCACCUGAAGGACCUGUCCUGCAAGUGCCCCAAGAUCCAGAUCAGUAAGAAGUACCUGGUCAUGGGGAUCAGUGAAAACUCCACCGACCGGCCGGGACUGAUGGCCGACAAGAACAGCCUGGUCAUCCAGUGGCGGGACGCCUGGACCCGCCGCCUUCGGAAACUGCAGCGACGGGAGAAGAAAGGGAAGUGCGUGAAGCCCUGAGGGCUUCCUGCCCACCCCGUGCCCCAGCCCCAGCCCCAGCCUGGCUACGCACUGCCGGGCUGCACUCAGAGACUCUGUACAUAUAUAUAGUGUGAACGGAC